GUCAUGUAAACACCGGUUGGCGUGGCUUGUUCGAGCGUCCUUCGCGUCCCUCACGACCGCUGAUUGACAUUUCGUGGUAUUUCUUGGGAUUUCGACUUUGUAGUGUAUUUGGGUUAGGAGUCCCGCGUCCUCGAAGGUUGAAGCUGUAAUACCAGUUGCAGCAAAAUAGUUUUGUAUCUUUGGUAUAGAACACUCUUGGUAUACCUCUGGUAUAGGGCUAGAAGGAAAGGGAUCUGAAUGAAUAAUCCUGUAGCCAACUCUUCUAACGAGGUCGACUGCGCCUGAGGAACUAGGGUAGGUGGCCGUAGUGAGAGACAUAACUUAUCCUCACGAAAGACCAGGCAUCUUGUGUGAUCACCAACCUCUUGUCUCAGAAGACCAUCAACAUGGCUCCCGUUGCCAAAUCAAAGAAAGCUCCAAGGACAUCGACUGGUCCUAAGAAGCGUGGGCGACCUAAGGGAUCCAAAAAUAAGGUUGCAGCUAAAGGCCCUUCAAAGGUUGCCAAGGGUACUACAAAAGCAGUCAAAGGCAACUCUAAUCCAGUUAAAUUUGCCGAACUCGUUCAAGCUGCGUUUGAAGCUCUCGAUAACCGCAAAGGAACUUCCCUUCAGGCAGUCAAGAAGUACUUGAAGGAAAAUAAUAACAUCGACGCCCGGAAGAAAUCGGUUUACAUUAACAAGGUAAUCAAGAAUAUGACUGACAACGGGGUUAUUCUACACGUAAUUGGCAAAGGCGCCAGAGGAAGCUUCAAGUUGGCCAACAGUCAGAAGUUCAAGCAUGGAAAUUCAAGCUCUCUGAAGUUCUCCAAACAUGUGCAGGCAGCCCUGGAGGCUAUGGAUAACCGAAAGGGAUGUUCUCUCCAGGACAUUAAGAAGUACCUGAAGGAGAACAAAGGUGUCGAUCCAAAGAAGAAGGCUGUUCACAUCAAUAAUGCCAUCAGAGCCCUGACUGAAGAGGGGAAAUUCCGCCAAGUUGUCGGAACAGGGGCUAAAGGACGUUUCAGGUUGCAGAAGGAAGAUGUGAUUGCACCCAGCUUCUCGGACCUUGUUUUUGAAGCUUUCAAGGCCCUAGAUAAUCGCAAGGGAUCUACUCUGCAAGCUGUGAGGAAGUACCUGAAGGAAAACAAUGGGAUUGAUCCCCAAAAGAAAGCUGUCUAUAUCAACAAAACCAUACGAAGAUUCUUAGAAGAUGGAACACUCCAACACUUGAUCGGUUCUGGAGUCAAGGGAACAUUCAAAUUGUGUAAGUCUCAACCACCACCGAGGAUCAGUCACAAGAAAACAAAGAAAGCAAGUAAGGAGGAGGAAGCUCCCAAAGAAGAGGAAGUAAUUGAAGAUGAAGCAGAUGCCAGUGAAGAAAAGUAGUCUGUUCUUCAUUUGUAUUUGACAGAUUGGAUCGGCUUUUAGACUUAGCAAAGGUUUUGGAGAAAUUUUUACAAAUCAAUAAAUUUUUUACGUUUUCUGUUUGUUUGCUUCAGUGAGUCUUAACCUAUGUUAAACAUGCCUGUAUAUAACUUCAGACCUAUUAUGUUACAUAGGAAUGCUGAAAGGGGAAACAGUAGACUACUUUGAUUUUAGGAGGUCUUUAUAGCAUAAAUCUUGUGCAUAUAUAUAUUUAGUCCCAAGUCAUAUGCAGAUAAUGUCGUAAGUCACAUAUCCCAAGUAUUCAUAGCCUUUUAAUAUGUACGUCUAUAUUUUGUAAGUAGAAGAAUAAAUAGUACAAUUUUUAAAGCAUGAUAUAAAUGGUAAGAUAAGAUAUUUGUUAGUGAUAAUUUUAUAUUAUACUAAUGAUAACAACCAUAACAACAAUGAGGUUAAUAAUAAUGACUGAUCUUUGUAUAAUGUUUUAUAGGAGACUCGUACACUGAGCAGCUGUGAAGGCUAAUGCAAAUUAAUUUUAUCUUGUAAUCCAUCAGUGGACACGGUUGCUUAGCUCACACUAUUAGUUAAUAGAUUAUUUCUUUGAGUUUAUAUAUAUUAUAUACAUAUAUAGAGACAUGUAUAUAUUCACAUUUAUAUGUGUAUAUAUGUACCUGAACACAACCACAUAUAUAUAUAUAUAUGUACACAUGCACUGUAUGUAUACUUAAACAUGCAUACACAUCUACACAACAUGCUGUUUAUGUUGUCAUUAUAUAUGUUACACAUGCACAUAUAUACUUACAUUAUAUAUAUUCAUAUAUUUAUAUAUACACAUAGCCUUAUUGAUACACAUAAAGUGAAUUGUGAGCUAAGAAUCGUUCAAAUAUUAGUGUUGUAAUUUUUGUAGCCUAUAUAUUGACCUAUAUUACUACUGCUAAUGUUUUUUAUUAGUAUCAUUAUUUAUCAUUUCAUUAUUAUUUGGGGAAUUUUCAUCUGUUCUGCAUCCUAUAUUAUAAAUACUUUACUAAUUUUAUUUAUUAGCAGUAGUACUAUUUUCAUAAAUUUUGGUAUCAUUGUUGUUUCCCAUAUUAGGAUUAAUUUGUAAGUGUAAUAAUGCUAAGGUUGAUGUUAGUAUUAUGAUCCUAUUAUAUCCCCUUUUCAUAAAUAUUCAUAUGCAAUAUCCUUUAUAAGAUUAUGUGCAGUAUAAAUAACACGAAAUACCCUUGUAUUUUUGUUAUGUUAGAUAAAUGAGUAACAAUUUGUA